CCAAAUAAAACAAAUCAAGCAACUUGUCGAGCAGAAAAGUCUAGAAAUCCACAGCCCAAAAUCUUUCUACCCACGGAAAUUAGCCGUCUGUGAUGACAAAGAUCGACACCAAAUCAAAAAAAUGAACUCAUGUGAAAGCGACUUCCUAUCCACUUUCCUCUCCUUCCUCUUCCCCUCGCCGGAAUCUCAUUCCAUGACCUGUGGGUCUCGGAAAACUAGCUUCGGUGUCUUCGUGGACUACGCCAAGUGGGAAUUCAAUGCUUUCCUUUGGAUCUCCCUAAUCGCCAUCACUUUGUUUUUGCUUCGAAAAGUUGUCAGGUUGCUCAUGUUAUGGAUUCAAGCAGCCAAGAUUCCUGGCCCCCCGUCUCCUUCCUUCUUUGGCCAUUCCCAGCUUUUUUCCCGAGAAAGCCUCACCGGCCUUUUGUCGGAUUCGCACGACAGAUAUGGAUCAGUUGUGAAGCUGUGGUUGGGGCCGACUCAGCUUUUGGUUUCAGUUAAGGAUCCAACACUUUUCAAAGAGAUGCUCUUGAAGGCUGAAGAUAAGUUGCCUUUGACGGGAAGAGCUUUUAGGUUGGCAUUUGGACCCUGCAGCCUAUUCGCAUCCUCCUUUGACAAGGUACAAAAGAGGAGAGAAUCUUUGGCAGUGGAAUUGAAUGGAAGGUUGCUUGAGAAAGCAAAUGUUUUUCCUGCAAAGGCCAUGGAUUGCAUUAUGGAAAGAGUUAAUAAGAACAUGUGUAAAGAAAGUGUUGAUUGUAAAAUGGUUUCUCAACACAUGGCCUUUACCUUGUUGGGAACCAUACUUUUUGGUGAUGCUUUCCUGACUUGGUCUAAGGCAAAUAUUUAUGAAGAGCUUUUGAUGAUGAUAGCUAAGGAUGCUUGCUUAUGGGCGUCAUAUGGUGUUGCUCCUUUCUGGAAAAGAGGAUUUUGGAGGUACCAGUGCUUGUGCACAAAGUUGAAAUGUCUAACCCAGGACAUCAUUCAUCAAUGUAAGAAAAAUUAUAAACUAUUUCGUCAUGCAAAUCAGAAUAACCAUGAUGAAAUUACAACUGCCAUGGAGUCAGCAUUCAGUACACCAUCUUGUUCUAGCAACUCCUUACAGGAGUUCAGCAGCCAUCUCUUUACAAAAGAAGAGCCAUGUGGAAAUAUAAUGGUUGUAAUGUUUCAUGGUUGUUUGACGACAGCAGGUUUGAUUGGCAAUAUCUUGGCAAGACUUGCAACCCAUCCAGAAAUACAGGAUAGUAUUUACUCAGAGAUAGUUAUGGCACAAAAAUGCUCUGUAGACCAGGAUAAACAUGAUGUUGAUAAGAUGCUCCUGUUAUUGGCAACAAUUUAUGAGUCUGCUCGUCUUCUGUCAUCAGGACCUUUGCUACAGAGAUGUUCUUUGAAACAUGAUUUGAGUUUCGAGAAUGGUUUGACCAUACCUGCUGGAGCAGUCUUAGUUGUACCUGUACAAUUGGUACAGGUGGAUAAUUCCAAGUGGGGGAGUGAUGCCAGCAAAUUUAAUCCAUACCGCUUUUUAUCAAAGGAGUAUGAUUUAUUGACUGACGAGCAAGGUGCUGGUAAAGAAGAUAAAGAGCAUAGUUCAUUUGUUUUAAAAGAUCCAAAUGACAAUGAAGCAUUUCUUUCCUUUGGUUUUGGUACACGCGCCUGUCUCGGGCAGAAGUUUGUAAUUCAAGGAGUCGCAACACUGUUUGCAUCGUUGCUUGAACGCUAUGAGGUUUGUGCAAGGAGCUGAUUUUUUUUUUUCCUCUUCUAACCUUACAGUUGAAAUUGCAGUGUCCUAUGUAUUAUAUGCAUGUACCAAUAAGUGGAAUUAAUACUUUGAGAGAGAGUUUAUUUUACAAUUUAACUCAAUAAAUGGAAGUACUGUGUAUUAUGAGGAAA